AUGGAGCAGGUUAUGAACUUGCAGUGUUCACCUGCCAGCAUUUUGCCUGCUACCGUAGUAUUCAUCCACCUGCUAACAUUUACCCUCGUGAGCUCAUUCCAGCUUGGUAGUUGGCUGGAGAACCUCGCUGUCCGCGAAAAUGGCCAACUCCUUGUUUCCCGCCUCGACACCCCUGAAGUCCUACAGGUCGACCCUACCAGCAACGUUGAGCCUGUCACAGUCUUCGCCUGGAACUCGUCCGAAUACAGAGGCGCACUUGGCAUCUCCGAAACUACCUCAGACGUCUUCUACGUUAUCCUCUCCGCAUUCAUUAACAGUUCAUUUGUCAAGACCAGUGGCGUCAACUCUAUCUUUGAAAUUGACAUGAACAACUUUGCUAUAAGCAACGGCACCAUAACACAGAACGCUACUGUUACUAAACUCGUAGACAUUACGAGCUCCGACUCACUCAACGGCAUGACGACGCUCGAUGACUCUAACAUCUUAGUUGGAGAUAUCUACAAUGGCUGGGUAUAUAAGGUUAACACAGUGGAUGGCACACACAACAUCGUUAUCGACGACCCUAAGAUGAAGGCUCCCGCAGGUGCCUUGACGCCCCUCGGUGUCAACGGGCUAAACAUCCAUGACUCCAACCUUUACUGGACCAACAGUGCUGCCGCUUCGUUGAAUAGGAUCCAGAUAACAGAUGAUGGGACGCCAGUAGGCAACUCGAGCGUAGUGUUGACGAAUGAGCCUGGGGCGGAUGAUUUCGCUUUCAAGAGUAAUGGCACAGCGUUCAUCGCGUUGAAUUCGCAAGAUCAGCUGGGUGCACUGUUUGCGGGUUCGAGCACUCUUGAGACGGUUGCAGGAAGCAGUAUCUCAACAGCUCUGGAAGGUGUUAGUGCUGGCCGAUUUGGAAGGCUGGCGUCAGAUUUGAAUCGGCUAUACAUGACCACUAGUGGAGGUGCUAAAAAUCCUAUUAACGGUUCUGUUAUUGUGGGCGCAACGGUCUCGUAUAUUGAUACUACGGGACUUUAG